AUGACUGACGCAAAGGACGAGCUCGUGCAGAAGGCCAAGUUGGCUGAACAGGCUGAGAGAUACGAUGAUAUGGCUCAGUCGAUGAAACGUGUCACUGAGUUGGGAGCUGAACUUUCGAAUGAGGAACGAAAUCUUCUCUCAGUUGCCUACAAGAAUGUGGUUGGAGCUCGUCGCUCAUCAUGGCGUGUGAUCAGCUCAAUCGAGCAAAAGACUGAAGGAAGUGAGAAGAAACAACAAAUGGCUAAAGAGUACAGAGAAAAAGUCGAGAAGGAACUCCGCGAUAUUUGCCAGGAUGUUUUGACUCUCUUGGACAAGUUCUUGAUCCCAAAGGCUGGGAAUCCAGAGAGCAAGGUGUUCUACUUAAAGAUGAAAGGAGAUUACUAUCGCUAUCUUGCUGAGGUGGCUUCUGGAGAGGAUCGUGCAGCCGUUGUCGACAAGUCUCAACAAUCCUACCAAGAGGCUUUCGACAUCGCCAAGGACAAAAUGCAACCCACGCACCCGAUUCGGCUCGGUUUGGCGCUCAACUUCUCGGUGUUCUACUACGAGAUCUUGAAUGCGCCAGAUAAGGCGUGCCAAUUGGCGAAACAGGCACAAGAAUUGGCAAAGGGAAAUCUCCCCACAACGCACUCGGUUCGAUUGGGGCUUGCGCUGAAUUACUCGGUUUUCUUUUACGAGGUCGCACACAGUCCCGAUCGGGCCUGUCAACUCGCAAAACAGGCGUUCGAUGACGCGAUCGCUGAGUUGGACACCCUAAACGAGGACUCCUACAAGGACUCAACCCUCAUCAUGCAAUUGUUGAGGGACAAUCUCACUUUGUGGACCUCGGAUGCCGCCGGAGAUGAUGACCAAGGAGACAACGCUGAUGGAGGAAAC